AUGACUUCCGCUCAGCCCGACAGCUACGCCAAAGGGCCAACCCUUGAAUCCAACGCGCCCAUGAACCCAGGCUAUCAGUUACCGACCGAGUUACACUGGGUGAACUGGUCGUGGCGCCGUUCGCUGUUAUAUAUGGCUGGUGGAAUCCUCAUUGGGGCUCUUGUCGGGCUUAUCGUCGGGCUGAUACGCCGCAUUUCAACUUCUCUGUGUACCCGAAUCGCUAACGAUGCGACCGGUGACUUAUACCCGAGGGUCACGACUCCGAUCGGACCACGUGGGAUCGGUUUUAACUCCCCAAUGAUAUAA